CACUUAGAGGAAAAGGCAGGGAUAACCAAAGUCAGUAGGAUUCAUCCUCUGGGAACCACAAAUGUCUGUUUUCUAUGCUUGCGUGGUACAGACACUGAGGACACCUCCAAACGCACCUGAGGCGCAUCUCCUAAUCAGCCAGACUCUGGUUGGGAAGAACGGCUUUACUGGGUUCUCUUCGGCACACUCAAACAUCAGCAGGAGCUCCCAAAUACUUCACUCUACAUCAACUGCCGUGACACUGCAAUGACAUCACUCCGGCUCUUGCCCUUAUUGCAGUCCCUCCUUCUCCUCCAAGUCCAUCUUUCCAACCAGUUAGAAGACAACAAGAUCCCUCCCAGUCUGUGUACUGGUCACCCUGGUAUCCCGGGCUCUCCUGGAGCUCAUGGCAGUACUGGUCAGCCAGGGAGAGACGGGAGGGACGGGAGAGAUGCUGCUCCAGGGGAGAAGGGACAGAAGGGAGACAUGGGAUACCCAGGUGAGACAGGAGUGCGUGGCUUGACCGGGGACAGAGGGGAGCCAGGAGAAAAAGGGGAGAGGGGGCAGUCAGGAGAGUGCGCGGUGGCCCCCAAAUCAGCCUUCAGUGUCAAACUAUCCGAGGGCCUCACUUCACCCAUCACUGUGGGCAAUGUAGUCCGCUUCGACAAAGUUGUGCUUAAUGAACAGGGCGACUACAACGCAGAGACGGGACGCUUCACCUGCAAAGUGCCAGGAGUUUACUACUUUGCCGUUCACGCCACAGUCUACCGCGCCAGCCUCCAGUUUGACCUGAUGAAAAAUGCACACACAGUGGCAUCUUAUUUUCAGUUCUACGGCAACUGGCCCAAACCAGCGUCUCUUUCAGGCGGCUCCCUGCUCCACCUCAUCCCUGGUGACCAGGUGUGGGUCCAGAUGGCUCUGUCAGAGUACAAUGGGUUUUACUCCAGCACCAAGACAGACAGCACCUUCACCGGCUUCCUGGUAUACUCAGACUGGAAAAACUCUGCUGUGUUUGCAUGACACGUGCUCAUGAACAAACCAGUCAUAUCCCACUUAACGCUGUUUUUUGUGUGUGCCUAUUUCAGUUUUCUAAUUGAGAAGUUCUGGAUAAAGACGAGGCAAUAGGCCUUGACAUGGUACAUCUGUAUUUGUGUAACGAGUAUAAAACACCAGACAAUGUUACUUGAAUGGCACAUACCGUACUGGUGAAGUGUGAGGUACACACACUGUUUAUUCAGUGUCUGGUCUUCAGCUGGAGCCUUUAAACGGCUGUGACACUUAAUUCUUGUAACAGAUGUUGUGACACUGGCUUCCAGCCAACUCCAGGCCACAAAGUCAAACAGCUUUCACGCCUUUAUUGCACUUUUGUUUCCCGUCAAUAUCUCUGCACAGCAAACAUGAAAAAUGAAUAAAUCAUCGUAGUUUUUAAAACGCACACGACUGAUAUACUUUUGGCCAUAAAUACCCACUCAUACUGGAUAUUGUGAGGCGAUCCGUUUUUACUAAUUGUUAUAAGUCAGUUCUACACUUUUAACUUUAAAAUCCAAAAAUGAUAUUUGCUGAUGUUGAUAUUUGUCACUUUCUUAUAACAUGCCUGCCUGUGCACACUUCUGUUUAAUUUUGUAGUAAUUUACCUGAUCGCAGUGGUGGAAGAAGUACUCAGGUUAAAAUUGUGUAAAAACACUCAAUUCCAUGUAAAUUCAUGCAUUCAAACUUCUAAUUUUAAGUACAGAUGCAUUAUCAACAAAAUGUACUUAAAGUAUUUAAAGUACUCGCUUUGCAGAAAAUGGCCCAUUUGAGUGAUUUGAUAUUAUUCAUGAUAUUAUUAAAUUGUUAAUACUGAUGCAUCAAUGUAUAAGUGGCAUUUUAGUGUUGUAGCUGGUUGAGCUGGAACUAGUUUGAACCUUUUAUACAGUUAGCCAGGUAAUUUAAUGCAGUGGUUCCCAACGUAGGGGUCGAGCCCCCUCCGAAGAAUCACAAGAUAAAUCAAAGGGGUCGUGAGAUGAUUAAUAAGACAGAACAGAUCAUUUUACCUCACUGAGCACAACUUGUUAUUCAAAUGAAACCAUCUGAGAAGUUAACCCCUUGUGUUGUCCUCGGGUCAAAUUUGACCCAUUUUCAAAGUUUUUUAUAUCAGAAAUAUAAAGGGUUUCUUUUAACCUAUUGCCCAAAAUUAUAUGGAUGCAUGGAUGUCUGUUGUUCAACAUCAUUUGCAGAUCAAAUUAAUGAUUACUUUCAUUUAAUUUUGGGUGUUUUAUUCAAUGUUAUAGCAUUUGAAAAAAAAAUGUUUAAAUGGUUUUAAAACAGUAUCCUGACUCAAAUUUGACAUAUACCCUCUGAUCUAGUCAAAAUAAUUCAUAAUUUCUGCUUUUUUUUAACUCAAAAAUUAGGUAAUAUGUCAUAUCAAUUUGUUUAUUGACUAAUCUAAUUAUCUAAAAAAGCACCAAAAACGUUUAAAAAAAGCGCCAUAAAAAGGUUUGUUUAAUUUUGACCCAGAAAGACAAGUUUAUGGUCGAUGUGAAGACAACACAAGGGUUACGUAGAGGGUAAAACCCCUAUCUGUUGGAGCUACUAACAACUCAAACAUCUGAAACAUGACACAGGGCCCCAACAAGGGUCACCGAGGCUCACAGGUCAAAAAGAUUGGGAACCAGUGGUUUAACUGUUAACAAUGCAUCAUAUUUUAUAAGCUUGUCAUGUUUUUUUUAUGGAAAUACUUCAGUAAAGUACUUUAAAAGUAGGCUACCUACUUGUCUUAGUCACUUUCCACCAUUGCCAGAUUGAUCAACUUUCACAUAGCAUUUUUAUCAAUAAAAUCCGACACCCAA